UUGCGAUUUUGGCAUUUUGCACGCGCUAGCGCAUUGACCACCCAUACGAGCGUCAAAGCAGCUGCUAGGGCUUACGUUUUGCCGCCGCAGCGCUGUACGUUGCUUCAUUGGACCGCGUAAUCGGCAGGAGCAACACAAGCUGUCAUAGUUACACUUGCCGCUGCGCUGCGCUGCGACUGUUAGACGUCGGUUUAGACAGCCAUAAUGCGCCGCAAUCGCCGCCGCAGCCGCCUGCGGCGCGUCGUGGUGGUCGUUGUCACGGCGUCCUCGAACGCGUUCCGAGCGCUUACAAGAGCACCGAAACGGGCGCAGCUGCGGCGCCACGCCGCCGCCGUCGGCAAGUACGGCCAGCACGGCGCCGAGGUGACGGGCAAGGUCGCGUUCCAGGGCGAGCACGGCGCGUACAGCGAGGAGGCCGUCUUCCAGCACUUCGGCGACGCCGUGGCCACGCUGCCGUGCCAGUCGUUCGAGGAUUUAUUUGCCGCGGUCGAGUCGGGCGAGGCCGCGUACGGCAUGCUGCCCAUGGAGAACUCGCAGGCCGGCAGCAUCAACAAGGCGUAUGAUCUGCUCAUGGACUUUGAUUUAAGAGUUCACGGCGAGACAAUAUUGAGAGUGCAGCACGCGCUCAUGGCGCUGCCGCGCGAGGACGGCGAGGCGAACCCGUUGAAAGUACGGAGCCACCCGCAGGCCCUCGCGCAGUGCGAGAACUUCCUCAAGUCGAAUGGAUUGGCGGCGCAGGCCGGCGCGGACACCGCGGGCUCGGCGAAGGAAAUUGCUGAUGGCAAUUUGCGGGACGUCGCGGCCAUCUGUUCAAGAUUAGCGGCGACGCGCUACGGCCUCAAGAUCCUGCAGCUGGGCAUCGAGGACAACAAGUUUAAUUUUACGCGCUUCUGGGUCUUGGCGAAGGGCGACGCGGCGACGCCGACGACACCGAAGACGUCUGUGGUUUUUGCCGUCUCGGACAAGCCCGGGUCCUUGGUCGCCGCUCUAGAAGAGUUCGGCCGGCGCAACGUCAACCUGGUCAAGCUCGAGUCGCGGCCGCGGCGGCGCACGGCCAUGCCGGGCUUCAACUACAUCUUCUACCUCGACUUUUUGGGACAUCACGCGGACGACGCCUGCCGGGACGCGCUGCUCGGAUUACUGUCGAGCUGCGCCUUCGUCAAGCUGCUGGGGUCCUACGACGCGGCGCCGCCGCUCGCGGAGCAGCUCGCGGACGAGAGCGAGGGGCCCGUCAACGACCCGACGCUCAUGCAGAUCUAGGCUCGUUUAAACAAGGUUUCAUUUUUA